CCUCUCACGCUUGCCGUAUCGCGUCGAGAGGUUAAAGGGGAAACGUUCUAACAUGACGCUCUGAGAGCAAAACAACGCGAUUAUAACCGUUUAAAGAGAAAAAGAACUCGCCUUUUCCCCUCGAACUGCCUCAGCGUUUCUUGGUGCGAUUGUAUUUUCCGUCUCUUCGAUCAUGGCAUCUGCGUGUGACUCUCCCGUUGAUGAUAUUGAGGAUAUGGUGACGUCACAUGACCCCACUCCUCACGAGCGUCAGUUUGCCCGGAGGAACAUCGUGCCUCGUCCACGCAAACACAAACUCCAGCCGGCAGGAGAAGAGCUUCAGACAGACAGUGUGAUUCCCGGCACACAGAAGAUCUGGGUGAGGACCUGGGGCUGCUCUCACAACAGCUCUGAUGGAGAAUACAUGGCCGGACAGCUGGCUGCCAGCGGAUACAAGAUCACAGAGAAUCCGUCUGAUGCUGAUCUGUGGUUGCUGAACAGUUGCACAGUCAAAAACCCUGCAGAAGAUCACUUCAGGAACUCCAUCAAGAAAGCUCAGGAGCAGAAUAAGAAGGUGGUUGUGGCGGGAUGUGUGCCGCAGGCCCAGCCCAGGACAGACUACCUCAAAGAGCUGAGCAUCAUCGGGGUCCAGCAGAUCGAUCGAGUGGUGGAGGUCGUGGACGAGGCUAUCAAAGGUCACUCCGUGCGUCUGCUGGGUCAGAAGAAAGAGAAAGGCAAGCGUCUGGGAGGAGCGCGGCUGGAUCUGCCCAAGAUCAGGAAGAAUCCGCUGAUUGAAAUCAUUUCCAUCAAUACAGGCUGUCUGAAUGCUUGCACGUACUGCAAAACCAAACACGCCAGAGGAGAUCUGGCCAGUUACUCCAUCGAGGAGCUGGUGGAGAGAGCCCGGCAGUCCUUCCAGGAGGGCGUCUGUGAGAUCUGGCUGACCAGCGAGGACACGGGUGCGUACGGCAGGGACAUCGGCACGGACCUGCCCUCUCUGCUCUGGGAGCUGGUGAAGGAGAUCCCGGAGGGAGCGAUGCUGCGCUUGGGCAUGACCAACCCUCCGUACAUCCUGGAACAUCUGGAGGAAAUGGGCAGAAUCCUGCAGCACCCGCGGGUCUACAGCUUCCUCCACGUGCCGGUGCAGUCGGCGUCUGACAGCGUGCUGAUGGACAUGAAGAGAGAGUACUGCUGCGCCGACUUCAGACGCGUCGUGGACUUCCUGAAGGAGAGGGUUCCUGGCAUCACUAUUGCCACAGACAUCAUCUGCGGUUUCCCAGGUGAGACGGACGAGGACUUUGAGCAGACGAUGGAGCUGGUGAGGCAGUACCGCUUUCCCAGCCUCUUCAUCAACCAGUUCUACCCGCGACCUGGAACUCCAGCGGCCAAGAUGGAGCAGGUUCCAGCGCACGUGAAGAAACAAAGAACCAAAGAGCUCUCAGCCCUCUUCCACACCUACAAGCCUUACGACCACAAGAUCGGCGAGAGGCAGCGUGUGCUGGUCACCGAGGAGUCCUUCGAUUCGCAGCACUACGUCGCUCACAACAAGUUCUACGAGCAGGUUCUGGUGCCCAAGAAGCCAGAGUUCAAAGGAAAGAUGAUCGAGGUGGACAUAUACGAGGCUGGGAAGCACUACAUGAAGGGCCAGCCGGUGGAGGACGCACGGGUCUUCACUCCCUCCAUCGCUCAGCCUCUUCAGAAGGGACAAGUGUCUGGACUCCCUCAGGAGCUGAAGGCGACCCAUCAGAACGGCGCCUGUGCCUCGGGGGCUUCCUCUGCGCUCGUGGGACGGUCCUGGAGGUUUGACGGUGAUGGACUCAAGCUGCUGUCACUGGGACUCGCUCUGGCUGCUGUGAUCGUGGCUCUUGUGAUUGACAAGCUCCACUGACGCCGUAAAUUCAACUCAACGUGUCGGCCUUAUAGAGUGAGCAGCGACCCGAGGACUUAAACCAGUGCUCAGAUAUAACGUCUUGUGUUUUAAGGUCAAAUUAAUGUAAAUGAGGCUGUAUAGUUUGGGACAUUUAGUUUUUAACUGCUAAUUAAAGACUGUUUAAAUUUUAAAGGCUGAAACCUAUUUUGCUUUCUAGUGACACCAUCCAUUGUGACAUUUUAGAAAAGCUUUCUUUUUUUGUCAAGCCCUUUUUUUUUUUGAUUGUUUGUAGAAAUGGAAGCCUCUUUGCCUAUGAACGAGGACAGCUUGAAUGCGUCUUUGGUUUUCUGUUCAUUUUCAAUCCCAGCAGUCAUUCAUUCUCAGGCCAGGUGUCUCACUGUUGGCUUUGGGCUAAGAGCAACAGACUCUUCCCGUCUUUGUUCCCAGCAUAAAGCACGUCUAAUAAAUGAGACUCCACACUCUCA